CGAGCCAAUGAAGGCGUGGCUUAUGAGGCGGGGUGCGCUGCCUGGGAAGAGGACAUGUCUGACUCAGGCAGGGCCUGGGAGCUGAGAAUUCCUCGAUUUAAGGCUGGCUCCUUAGAACAUCCACAGGCUGAGCAGUGCAUCAAGAUUGGAGCAUGACGCUGAUUAAAGGAAGCUUCACCUAUUCCAGCGGUGAGGAGUAUCAUGGCGAGUGGAAGGAAGGUCGACGACAGGGGAUCGGACAGCUGAGGUUUGCGGAUGGCAGCAGCUACGUGGGUCAGUUUGAAAAUGGCCUGUUCAGUGGCCGCGGGACACUGGCCUUCUCGGACGGCUCGAGGUACGAGGGGGAGUUUGUCCAGGGGAAGUUUCAAGGAGUCGGAGUCUUCACUCGAUGCGACGGGAUGAAGUUUGAAGGAGAGUUCAAAAAUGGACGCGUGGAAGGAUAUGGGCUGCUGAUGUUUCCUGAUGGGUCUCACGGUCACCCCAGAAAUGAGGGCAUCUUUGAGAACAACAGGCUGUCCAAGAGGGAGAAGUGUCAAGCUGUGAUUCAGAGAGCGCAGGCAAGUGCGAAAACCGCACGGGGCCUCUCCCUUUAACUGCUUCCCCACAUGAAACAUCCAUCUUUUAUGCUUGCCGUGUCUGUGCAAGAAACCAGCAAGGCUGGGUUUGAGCUGUGAAUUGUUGAUUUCAAUCUUGUGUGUGAUGCUGUGCUAUUUAUUCCCCCCCCCCCCCCCCCCCGUUCCUCAUUAUCUGUCAGUCCUACCAACUCUGGUUGGAAUUGUGCAGGUAGCUGAAGACUGCCCGCAGCUGGGCGCAGGUAGGACAGUCUUUGCAUUUGAUAGGCUCACUAAUCUUGAGGUGCAAAAUUAAGACCUCACCUUCAUUUGGAGAUGCUGAUACAGCAUGGAAACGGGCCUUACGGCCCACCAAGCCCAUACCAACUCAUUCACACUAGUUCUAUGUUAUCCCACUUUUGCAUCCACGCCCUACGCGCUGGGGGAAUUUACAGAGGCCACUGACCCAUAUGCCUUGGGAUGUAGGAGGAAGCCGGAGAAAACCCACGUAGUCAAAGGGAGAACGUGUAAACUCCACACAGAUAGCACUGGUGCGCCACUGUGCUGCCCCCUGAACUGGCGACGUUCAAACCUUGCACGGCAACACACCUGACCUGAUCCUUGGAGUUAGUGAUCAGGCAUUGGGGAGUGGUUACUGACCACUGGAUUCUUGGCCUUUGACCUGCUCUUAAAUACAUACUAAACUUUGUGGGAGAAUGUCCAUAAGUCAUAGGAGCAGAAUUAACCCAUUCGGCCGAUCGAGUCAACUCUGCCAUUUAAUCAUGACUUAUCUAUUUUUCCUUCUCAACCCCAUUCUUCUCCCUGCAACCUUUGACACCCUCAUUAAACAAGAACCUCCACUUUAAAAAUACCCAAUGACUUGACCUCCACCGCUGUCUGUGGCAAUGAAUUCCAGAUUC